UUUUUAUGUUAAAUAUGUAUUUAUUUAUGUCAUAAUUGUAACGUUAAUUUUUGUGUAUGUGCAGAUGACAAAUUCUGAAGAGGAGAACACACCAAAUAGGCAAGGCCCAACAAAGAAUAACAAUAUAAAUAAUCAAAAAGCUAAGGGAAUAAAGAGAAAUAUUGUUUAAUGGUAAGGGUCAACCUAUAGGGAAAGCAUAUGGCGAGAUGCAAUCAUACCUUGGAGUUAAAAGUAGGAGAACAUUCUCUCUCAAUUAUAAGGAUUGGAGACAAGUCCCACAAGAAUUAAAGAAUAGAAUAUGGGAGGAUGUAUAUGGUGGUUUUAACAUUCUAGAAAAUUGGAAACCAGAAUUAAUUAAAUGUGCGGGAAGAAUGAUGAGAGAUUUUAAGACCAACAUCACUAGCGACUACAUCUACCAUUUGGCAAAAGAGGGUAUGAUAGAUGAACUCCAAUUCCUUCCUAAGAAAUAUCCAGAACUUGACCUAGAAGAUUGGAGGACCUUUGUUAGCCACCGUUUAUCUCCUGAGUUUAUGGCUUUGCGAGAAGCACAACGUGAAAGAGCUCUCAAAUAUACUUCGAGGCAUCGUACAUCUCGUAGAGGGCUUGCCAAUGGUAGAGAGGACUUGAAAAAUGAACUAGGUGUGGCAGAUGUAGAACGGUACCAAGUUUGGAUAAGAGUACAAGAAAAGAAGAAGGUUCUUGUCACAGAUUUGGACAAACAAAUUGAAGCAAGAAUUAAUGAGCUGAAAGAAAAAGUUAGUAGUGGAGAAAUCAUUGCAAAGGGUCGGAAUGACAUAUUAACGCAAGCUUUAGGGACACCUGAGCACCCAGGCCGUGUUAGAGCACUUGGGUCAUUUGCGAAGAUUUCGUCCGUCUUUGGAAGAAAACCAAAAAUAGCAAAAGAAAUGGCUGAUGUUGCUAGUAAGAAAGAUGCAGAAAUUGCGAGGCUCAGAGCAGAACUUAAAGCUUUAGAGGAGGAAAGAGCUAAACAAGCAGGUGGGAUAGAUGAUAUGGAUGAACACGACAACGAUGACGAGCAGAAUGACGAAGAAUAUCACACAUCGUACAUGCAGGAUGACGUGCCUCCAUAAUUUACAACUGACGAAUACGCGAGGGUGUGAGUCACCAAAAUGUUACAAGAGGAUGCUGAAAUCCCAUGUUCUGUUGGGGAGAUACGAUGUUCGAGAUACCUAUGAUGUAUUCAUUCCUUGGCCAAAAGAAUUAAUUAUGACUGAUCAGGGUCCUAUAAAAAAGAAACCUCCUAUGUCAACAAGCCCAUCCAAGGAUAAGACGAACCGUAAUUCUCUGACUAGCCCACAUCUGUCAUCAGCUGGAUCUCAUGUCAAUCCAGAAAACACUCUGAUAGAAGGCCAACCAUUUCCCGAUCACAUCAUGAAUCGCAUCCAUGUUAGCCUUCAGUUUAUGGUGAGAGAAUUUUGCAGAGUUAAGGGAAUAAACACAGUAGUCUCAAUUCUAGUGGACCCAUCAUUCAUGAAUCGCGAGUCAAUCUUUAUAACUUCAGAGGAUGUAGAACAAGUUGCUGCUUUGCAUAUGAUUGGAGGCUCAACAAUGAUAUUCGGACUAAGAUGCAUUUGAGAGUCCCUAUUUCCAAAUCAGUGUGUCUUUUACAAGUUUUUUGACACUGAGCGUCUUAGCAUUAAUAAUGUUAACGAUGUAGAACGAUCAACCAUUGACUUGGCAAAUUGGUUGAUGACCAUGAAUAGAGUUGGUCAACUAUACUUUAUACCUUGGAACAUACGGGAACAUUGGAUGUUGGUGAUUGCUAUGCCAAAAGGAAAAAUCGUGUUCGUGGAUCCACUGAAAGCACACAAAUGUCCUGAAGAAAUUGAUUCAAUGAUAAUGAGUGCAUAUUAUAAGGCUUCUUCCAAUGAAUUACUCGGCAAUCCUACAAAGAUAUUCAAUGUUUCAUGUCCAAGACAACCACAAAGUCAUGAAUGUGAUUUUUAUGUGUUGAAGUACAUUAGAGAUCUUGUACGGACAUCAAAUGCAAUAGAAACCUUAAAAGAAAAAUUUGAUGGGAAGAAGCAAUAUUGUGAGAUUGCAGACCUAUUGCCAAUCCAACACGAAUGGUUAGGUCGAUUGAUGACAUACAUUUAUCAGUAAG